GCAGAGACGACGACAUUAAUCCUCAUGUAGGUGGCCGGGGAGCGACACGCCCCAUCUUUCCCAAAUGGGCUAGCCAGAUUUCUGACGCCCGCGUUCCACCAAAACAGUGGUCAUCCUUGGAACAUUUGCUCACAUGGAACCCCGGAACGAUCACCCCCCUUCAGACGGCCCGUCACACAUCACACUAAUGUACCCCUCACCCACUACAUAUCUCAUGCCUUCAAAGCUCCCCGCAUUGGACCUUCAGUCUUUCUCUCUUUACAGCUGAGCCAUACAAAACGUUACCACCGAGCAAAUGACGACAAGCGCAGCAUCAAGCAUGCCGGAUCCGCCGGGUGUGCCUUCGUUCCUAAGAGCAAGCCCCAUAGACAAAGUCCUGCCAGUUAUCAUCGAGCCUGAAGCAGAACCAGAGGAACGCGGUCGCCUAAAGAGACGGCGGCAGUCCUCACACUCUCCACGCCGCGCAUCCUCUCCCUCACGAGGCCACGAUCGCCAUAGCGGCUCGCGAUACCGCCAACACCACCGAAAGCACCAUCGGCCCUCCUCUCCCUCCUCCAGUAUUUCCCCACCCACAGCAUUGCAGAAGAAGACCAGGCGAAGGAGCGACGCAGAGCCCGAUCAUACGUUCAGAGGACGGGCACGUAAUCGCAGCGGAAGCAAUGGAAGAACUCAAAGUCCGAUAUUGGAAGAUGAGGAUGCACGCGCAGAGGAGUGGGGGAAGAGUAGAAAGAGAAGUGCGCCGCCUAGCCGACCUAGGGUCGAUGGCGCGGAAGAAGGCGGUGAGGUUAGGAGGCAGAGGAGUUAUCCUAACAUGUAUAAAGAAGAGAGAAGGGACUCGAAGGGCGAAGAUGGGUAGAGCCGAGCGAGGCAGAUCAGAUCAAGCCUUGUAACCCUAUAAAGGAAGACGUAUGCGUGGAUGCGUGUAAUCGAUCGAGUAUGCGAUAUUCUCUGCUACUUUGAAAGACGUGUGGGUUGUAUACAAUACGGUGGUUCGUUUCUUAUGGCGUCUUGGCUGUAUACCCAUAUUAGCUCUAUUUCGAGCGUGUAAUGUCUUAAUUAUUUAAUGCUUAUAUACAUAUCAUGUCCCAAGAGCCAGGCCCUCUGCAUGUCAAAAGUAGCACGCGGCUCGGCGCCUACAAUAAUCUUCCCU